CGCCCUUGGGAUACCGGGUUCGUCAAAUUCGAGGGCGCCUUGGUCGCGUCUCGGCUAUGUCAACCGCGUCCAAGGCUUCCCAGCUGGAGCAAGAGUGGCCACCGCCGCUCUACACUUUUGGAGUGCCGUGGCCCGAGUUCAACGAUGGUCUCUCCUACACCGACGUCAUCCGGCCGUCUCAAAAUGCAACAACGCUAAUUGAUUUCUACUACUCUAAGUACAGGAGUUCUGCGCCAUUGCAAGGCUGGCUUCAGAGAAUCAGAAAUGGACAAAUCACCAUCAACGGCAUAGUGGUAGCCGAUCCCCAAGCAGCACUAAGUCCAGGCUCAAAAAUUAUAUAUCAUCGGAUACCAUGGAAGGAAGCACGUGCUCCCUUCAUGCUACAAGUUCUUUAUGAGGAUGAUGACAUGGUUGCCAUAAAUAAACCAUCAGGCUUGCAAGUUCUGCCUGGAGGGCUUUUCCAGCAGCGUACCGUCUUAACACAGCUGCAAUGGAAGGCAUCAAAACAAGGUUCAAUUUGUUCAACAGGCCACGAUGUCCAACAGCCACAUCCUGUACCUGUUCAUCGUUUGGGAAGAGGAACAUCAGGUAUAUUACUUUGCGCCAAAACAAAGCUUGCAAAAACUACUCUUGCAACAUACUUUGCUGAGGGCACGUCAUUUGUUGGAGAGAAUAGAAUGCCUGGACAAGGAUUUGGCGAAGCUCGGAGAAUUUCAAAGUUUUAUCGAGCAUUGGUCAGAGGGAUUCUUGAAUAUGAUGAGAUUUUGAUUGAGCAACCCAUCGGUGUGGUGCAAUAUCCAGGAGUGGCCAAAGGGCUAUACGUUGCUUCCUCAUCUGGGAAACCGGCUUUGAGCAAAGUCCAAGUCCUUGAGAGAGAUACACAGCAAAAUAGAACAGUGGUGCAGGUUGAGAUUCAUUCUGGGCGCCCACAUCAAAUUCGUAUUCAUCUUGCAUUCAUAGGACAUCCACUUGUAGGAGAUCCUCUUUAUCAGGGUGGUGGGCAACCAAACUUACUUGAAACUGAAACUAUAGAGGACAGUUUUGCUGAAGACGG